AUGAACCUUCUACUUUUACUACUUUUAAUAAGUAGUAGGGUAAUAUAUGCGACAACUGAUGGAUUUUAUCCAUUUGGGGAAAGUCACAAUGAUAAGGUUUGAUUUUUGAAAUUUUAAGAAAGUUUGGCAAAUAAAAAAUUUCAGAAACUUGAAUAUACUCUUGACCAAAAUGGCGUUGUUCUUGAUGUUCCGAUUAUUUUCAUGGAAAAAUCGACUGAUGAGAUUUUUAUUUCACACAACGGAAUAAUUGGUCUCGGACAUCGUGUACCUGAUAAAAUUGAACCACUUCAACACAUCAAAAAUCCAUCGAUCGCUGUUUAUUACGCACCAACUUCAUCUGGUCAAUUAUAUUAUCGAGUCACUUCAAGUGACCAAAGUUUGCUCAAAAAAUUGACAGAUGAUGUGAAACAAGUUUUCGCCGAUGCAAGAGAUUUUCAUGGAAUUCAAGCGAUCAUCAUUACUUGGACAGAAAUUCAGAAUUCUGAGAAAGAUGGAUCAGCCGAAUUUCAAUUGGCAAUUGUUUCCGAUGGAAUGUCUACAUAUUCGGUUGUUCAUUAUGGUAAUCUUCCAUGGUCUUCUUCAAUGGGAUAUUAUGCUCAAACUGGUUUUGUUCAUUCGGAAGGAAAAAUUCAAACAAAUGUUAAUUCUGGCGGUCCAGAUGUUAAAGAAUUAGUCAAGUUUGUUUUUUUUGAGAUUGUUUUUAAAAUCAUUUCCCAAAAAAAAAAUUGUUUCAGUUUAUCAAACAAUCAAUUUGGCAACUCUUUCAUUUUCCGAAUUUCUGGUCCAGCAAUCGAAGAUCCACGAGAAGAAGGAGGUGAUGAAUAUGACUAUAAUAAUUAUGAUCAAGAAUAUGAGGGAGAAAUUCGUGAGUGAAAUACUUCCAGAUAAAUUACCCCACUCUUCUUGCUUUCAGCUUCUGAUUGUCCAAAGGAUAAAUUCCUUGACGAUUGUCCAAAAGAAUGUCGAUUUGUUCGAGAUGAACGAGGAUGUCCAAGAUGUCUUUGCGCAGAAAAACCUAAACGACCAGCAGUUCCACAAGUUCCACAAGAAAAUACUGUAGAUGAUGAUUCAUCAGAAGAUGAAGAAGAAAUUCAAGUUCCAACACAAGAAGAAUCAAGAGUUCCACAAAAUACCGUAUCCGCUCAAACUUGCGCUCAAAAAGAUGAAAAAGCUUGCCACGUUCAUUCGAUUUGCCAGUGAGUUUUUUCUGAGUUUUUCUAAUAAUAACAGUGAUUUUCAGAGAUUUCUCAACCGGUUUCUGUUGUUCUUGUGAGCCAGGACACUUUGGAAAUGGAAAAGAGUGUUUGCCAAAAGGAGAACCACAAAGAAUAUCUGGUAGCUUUGAAGGUGUUAUUAAUCGAAUUCCAAUUGAUCGAACCGAUCUUCAUACAUUUGCAACUGCAACUGAUGGAAAUGUCUAUACUGCUAUUUCAAAAAUCCCCUCAGAUCUUGGACAUCCAUUAAUGUUAUUGAACUCAAUUGGGAGUGUUAUGGGAUGGUUAUUCGCUGAUGUAAGUUUGAGCCAAGAAAAUUCGAAAACCUAGCUGAAAUAUGUUAUAGGUUCAAGCUCCAAGUGUUUAUAAUGGUUUCCAAGUCACCGGAGGAUUGUUCAAUCGAACUGCAAAUAUUCACAUCGGAAAUAAUUAUGUUACAAUUCGACAAGAGUUUUCCGGAAGAAAUAUUUAUGACUAUUUCAAAUCACAUUUGUUUGUUUCUGGAACAUUGCCAGAUGUUGCGCCGGGAAGCGAGAUUUUGUUCCCAGAUUAUGAAGAAGAAUAUGUCAGAGAAAGACAAGGUUUGUUGGGAAUUUGAAAAAAAUAGGAGAAAUUAAGUAUUGAGGGAAACAAUAUUUUCAGAAUUUGAUGAAGCAUCUUCUUCUUACAGAGGUUUGAGCACAGUUUCAGUUUUUCAGCAUUUUCACACUUAAUUUUCAUAGCUUUCAAAAAUGCUCAAUUCAAAUAAGACAUUUCUCAUUUUCAGGUGUUCUCACUUCACAUGCUUCAUUUGAUGUUAGAAUAAUCGAUAAUGGAAAUACUCAAAAUAUUCGAAUGACAAUUGAACAACAAAUAAGUUUCGAAGAAUGUCCACAUCAAGCAUUUGAAAAAGAUCAAAAAAUGACUUUGAAAGUAAAAAGGGUUACUGUAGUAUAUAAUGCUGAUGAAGGAGUUGUUAGAUACAGUUCGAAAAACUAUGCUAGUAAAACUGGAGAACGAGCACAUGGAGCACCUUUGCAUAUUCCUUCAGAAGCACAAUCAUCAACAGAUCCUUGUUCAAAUGGACAACAUCAAUGCACACUUCCAAAUAUGAGAUGUCGAGUUGUUGAUCCAAGUUAUCGAUGUGAAUGUGAGCAAGGAUAUCAAUCAGCUCAUGACAACAAUUCACCAAUUGGAUGGGUUUGUCAAGAUUUGGAUGAGUGUCAAAGAGGAGAUCAUAAUUGUAAUCAACAUGCCCAAUGUACAAAUAAACAAGGAAGUUUUUCAUGUGAAUGUUUGCCUGGAUUUUUGGGAGAUGGAAAAAAUUGUGUUCGUGAACAAUCUGAGGCUUCGAGAGAGAUCGAAAUCGCUGUACAAAAUCAAGUGGAUGGAGCAUGCACUGGUCAUAGUCAAUGCCAUCAAUGGGGAGAAUGUGUAUUCACAGCGGAACAUCCAACUGGAAGAUGUAAAUGUAGAGGAUGGUAUGUUGGAGACGGUGUCAAACAUUGUGGACCACCAGAAAAAAAUCAACCAGCGCAGCAAAUCCAUCCAGCGCAACAAAUUCAUCCAGCUCAACCGGAAAGACGAGGACAAAUUUGUGGAACUAGUGUUUGUGAUGUGAAUGCCGAAUGUUUACCAGAAACAAGUGGAGGAGUAAGUUUCCAAAAUUUUCGAUAGAUCUAAUAUUUAUUUUUUAGUCUGAAUGUGUUUGCAAAGCUGGAUUCUCAGGAAAUGGUAUUCAUUGUGAAAGUCUUCUUCCCGACGGUCAAAAUCAACGUCAUCCAGCAGUUUCUCCUGCCCAAACUGGUCAACUUUCAAAUGUUUGUAGAUCACACGAAGAAUGUUCUCAACAUGGAAGUUGUACUUAUCAUCAUUCUCUUGGAUAUUAUCAAUGUACUUGUACUGAACCAUACAUCGGAAACGGUGUUGAUUGUUCACUUCCAGGUUCAUCAUCUCAAGGUGAGUAUAUUUGUAUCUUCUAUGCCACCUUUCGCAUGUCUUUCUCUAUCCAGCUUCUGAUGUCGGUUGUGACGUCACAAAUGAUUGCUCGGAAUUCGCUGAUUGUGCUUACGAGGGUAGCUCAACCGGUUCACAAUUCCGUUGUAUUUGUCGUUCCGGUUAUACUGGAGACGGCAAAUAUUGUAUGCAAUCCCAACUCGCUAUUUCUUCCAAUGUUCUUCCAAAUCCUAAUGGUAUGUCUGAAUGUUGUUUGUGUUUUGUUUUAUCAAGCUUCUCCCCUUUGUUUCGCCUAACCCAAUAUUUCAGUUCUUUUACCACCUGCCCCUCCACAUCCAUCUGAGUCAUGCUCACCAAAUUGUGGAGAAAACAGUCAAUGCGUUUAUGACGAUCACAACAGGUUAGUUUGAAAAUUGAAAUUUUCUAUUUAAAAAAAAAUCCCGUUCAAUUUUUAGACAAUAUCGAUGUGAGUGUUAUGCUGCGUUUAUCGGAGAUGGUUAUAAUUGUGUCCCACUUGCAAAGCCAGUUCAUCUAACUCCAGCUCAACCAAAAACAUGUGUUGAAUCAUCAGAUUGUCAUAUCAAUGGUCAUUGUGUGAUAAAUGAACACGGAGCUGGUGAAUAUAUUUGUGAAUGUCUUCCUGGUUUCAGUGGGGAUGGUUUUAUUAAUUGUCAAGGAGCAGAUCAAUGUCAUCCAUCAAAUCCAAAUGCUUGUUAUCAAAAUGCAAAAUGUGUUUACGAUGAAAUGCAAAAUGGGCAUAUUUGUAAAUGUAUUGAAGGAUUCAAAGGAAAAGAUGCAACAUCUUGUGUUCCUUUUGCGCCAGCAACAAAUUGUCAAAUUGAUCCAAGAAUCUGUCACGCAAAUGCACAAUGUGUUCUUCGACACGAAACAUCUUCCUAUGAAUGUUUAUGUAAACCAGGUUCAAUUGGAGACGGAUAUUCAAAAUGUGAUGUUCAAGAAAUCCAGCGUUGUACAAAUUGUUCAACUCACGCAUAUUGUUUCCAAAAUCAAAAUGGUGGAUAUCAAUGUAAAUGUAACGCCGGAUUUAUGGGAAACGGACAUCUUUGUGUUUCGAUGACUAGUUGUUUGGAUGAUCGAUCGAUUUGUGAUGAAAAUGCUGAUUGUGUACCUGGAGAAGGUGGCCAUUAUAUUUGCAACUGUCAUUAUGGAUAUCACGGAGAUGGAAGAACUUGUUCACGUUAGUUUAGAUCAGAUACAAAUUAUCAAAUUUCGAUAUAUGUAUUUUCAGAAGUCAAUUUCAGUUUGGGAAAAGUUAUUUUCUUGAUCCCAAUUUUUAUUAUAAGGUUUUUAAUGUCGUUGUGUUUGUCUAACUUAUCCUAUGUUGCUUAUUAGGGAAACACAUCCUUAUGUUCAGAAAAGCACCCCUUAUCGUCCAAUUUUCUGUGUUGAAAUUCGAAAAAAAUUAUUUUCAGCGGACUCUUCGCAUAGAACCGAUAAACUUCUUAUUGCACGUGGUAUGGCGAUUUUCGAACGGUCAACAAAUCCAGACGAGUAUGGAAAACAAUUAAUUGUGAUUCCUCAUCAUGUACCGGUAUCAAUUGAUUUCGAUUGUGAAGAAGAGAAGAUCGUUUGGAGUGAUAUGUCAGGACAUUCAAUUAGAACUUCUUCACUAAAUGGAACUGAACACAAAUCAUUUUUUGCAAAAGAUUUGAGUAGUCCAGAAGGAAUUGCUGUGGAUUGGUCGGCUAGGUAAUAGAAACUUGAAGUACUAUUUUUGAAUCAUCUUUUUUUCAGAAACGUGUAUUAUGCCGAUUCAAUGAAUGAUGAAAUUGGUGUUGCUUCAUUAAAUGGAAAAUACAAGAAAACAUUGAUUUCUGAAGGUCUUGUGAAUCCACGUGGUUUGGCGAUUGAUUUGAAUGGAAAACAUUUGUAUUAUUCUGAUUGGCAUCGUGAAAACCCAUAUAUUGGGCGAAUUGAUUUGGAUGGUCUCAAUAAUCGAGUAUUUUUAAAUGAAGAUGUGCAUCUUCCAAAUGGUCUUACAAUUCUUCCAAAUCGACGAGAACUUUGUUGGAUUGAUGCCGGUGUUCAUCGUUUAUCUUGUAUUUCAUUCAAUGGUGCAGGUCGACGAACUGUUUUCAACGGACUAGAAUAUCCAUUCGGAUUAACACAUGAAAAUGAGCAGAAAUUCUAUUGGACAGAUUGGAAAGAUAGUCGAAUUCAUUCGGUUGGAAUUUAUGGAGAAGGAUAUCGUAGUUUCCCAAUUUCACUUGGUGGUUCUGGAAAAGUUUUUGGAAUUUUGAGCAUCCCAAAAACUUGUCAAGGAGCACGUAAUCAUUGUGGAGAAAAUAACGGAGGAUGCGAUUAUCUGUGUCUUCCAGGACAAUCGGGACCAGUUUGUACAUGUCCUGAUAAUACUAAUGUUAAAGGGUGUUAA